GUGCGCUCGAUUUGAGCCACUCACAGAAACUGCCGCAUCCGCAUUGCUUCCUUGUUUACGUGUUUGUGGGAAUCCUAACUUUUAGAGGACGUUUUAUUCUUUUUGUGGAAAGUCGUAGAACGCCAUCACCAGAUUCUCGGAUCCAGACCCGAGUUUCAUCUGAACCCAGUCUGGUUUCCUGUCUGAAUGGCCACAGCAUCUGAGGAGCCUCCAGGUCUUCAGGGCCACUCUUCCAACCUGCCGGGUCAGUUUUGGAGGGCACUGUCUUCUCUCAAAGACUCGACUGGGAACCGAAAAAAUGUUGCUUCAGAGAGUCCGAGCAUCGGCACGUCUCAGGCCCUGAAAAAAACCAUCGGCCAUCGGGGAGUUGAUCCCACGGGGGAGACGGUCUACAAAAAGACAACAUCUUCCACUCUUAAAGCGGCCAUACAGUUGGGCAUCACACACACGGUGGGCAGCUUGAACCAGAAACCUGAGAGAGAUGUGCUGCUGCAAGACUUUGAAGUCGUGGAAAGCAUCUUCUUUCCCUGCGAAGGCAGUAACCUGACACCGGGUCAUCACUACGGAGACUUCAGGUUCAAAACAUACGCUCCAAUCGCCUUUCGUUACUUCAGAGAGAUGUUUGGCAUCCGGCCUGAUGACUACAUGUAUUCUCUGUGUAACGAGCCUCUGAUUGAGCUGUCGAGUUCCGGGGCCAGCGGAUCUCUGUUCUACCUCUCGAGUGACGAUGAAUUCAUUGUUAAGACAGUGCAGCACAAAGAGGCAGAGUUUCUCCAAAAACUGCUUCCAGGAUACUUUAUGAACUUGAACCAGAACAAGAGAACCUUAUUACCAAAGUUUUAUGGACUGUACUGCGUUCAAGCAGCCGGUAAAAACAUCCGCAUUGUAGUUAUGAACAAUCUGCUGCCCAGUUCGGUACGGAUGCACCUCAAAUUCGAUCUGAAAGGCUCCACUCAUAAGCGACGAGCCAAUCCCAAAGAGAGGGAAAAGGCUGUUCCCACGUUCAAGGACCUGGAUUUCAUUCAGGACAUGAAUGAUGGUUUAUUUCUGGAGGCAGACACGUACAAUGCUGUAUGUAAAACUAUUCAGAGAGACUGUCUGCUGUUGCAAAGUUUCAAGAUAAUGGACUACAGUCUGCUAGUGGGAAUUCAUAAUUUAGAUCAGGCCUGUCGAGAGCAAAAUACAGAAGCAGCAGCAGAAGGAGCCGUGAGGCCGCAAGUCCAGAAGUCCCUCUACAGCACAGCUAUCGAGGCCAUCCAGGCUGAAACAGGACGAGUGGAGCCAGUGGACCAGACCGGAGGGAUCCCUGCACGAAACUCAAAGGGCGAGAGGCUGCUGGUGUACAUUGGUAUUAUUGACAUUCUGCAGUCCUAUAGAUUAGUAAAGAAACUAGAACAUUCCUGGAAAUCCUUGGUUCAUGAUGGGGACACUGUGUCGGUACACAGACCAAGUUUUUAUGCGGACAGAUUUCAAAGGUUCAUGAGCACUGCGGUUUUCAAGAAGGUGCCAGUGAAAGCCUCUCCAGUUAAGAAGCGUCGUGCUAACGGUCCUGUGAAGAAACUUGCUGGCUCUGGGCUCUAUCUAUUGACUCAAACCAGCUACCAGCAACCUUCACUCCAACAACAAGUCAGCACUGACACUAAGGAGGACACAGAGGGAGUCAUCGGCAUUCAGUCUGGCCGACCUGACCUCCUCCUGCAGAGCUUACCACACAGCGGCAGUGCUGUCAACACUCCUACAACUCCAACUUUUCUAUCCCUCACUCCCACAAUACUCACUCUGUCUCACUCUCAGGAAACCUCAAUGAGUGAAGGAGAAGGUGGAAGUGAAACACCCAGCAGACACCAGGACAGCAGCACCCCCCAGAGAUUUCAGUCUUCUGAUCAAGAACACACAGAGGAUCCAAUCCCACUCAAUGACGUGGCUUCCACUGAAAGAAAAGGCUCUGCGUUAGAUGUGGAACAGAAACCAGGAUUCAACGAAAAUAAAGUUGGAAGUGUUCAUGAGCAACACUGAAUUAUUUAGAAGCCCUCCAUUCCCACCUCUCUCUUUGUCUUCUUUGAGGUACCAGGACUAACAAAUCCUUGUAGUGAAUCACUGGGACCAAGCCGGACCUUUGUUUAUUUUUGUUUACUUACCUGUUCAUUUGCACAUUGAUUUCUGAACAGAUGUGUUCUGACACUAGUAAAUGUGGGAACAUUAAUGUGAUGGUUAGUGAACACUAUCUUUCUCUCCCAGGAGUACCUGUAUUUACAUCUAGUCAUAAUAUUUCAUUGUUAUCCUAAUUUAAACCAGCAUUCAGAGUGACUUCAGGAUUUUUUUCUAUUAUUCAUUUAUUUGUCUUCUUGGAUGCCAUUCCUUAUUUUGCAUUUGCCAAAUCACUCUUGCAAGUCCUAAUACAAGCGCUGGUAUCUAUCCUGUUGUAUAUUGUACAGAAAAGAUGGAUGUAUCCAAAGUGACAUCAUGGAUUGUUGCAAUUUUCAUAUAUUUAGAUGUGACCAUAUUUUGAAAAUAACUGAAGAAUAUUAUGUAUUUAAGAGCUAGCAUAUGAAAUUAUCAUCAAACAUCAAAAGUGUGAAUUGAACUAAAGAUGUCAAUGACUUAAGUUUAUUUUUAAUAGGUUUUUUUUUUUUUUUUUUUUUUUUGGAAUCUGGGACGUUUUACGCCUCCUAAUGGCCAAGAAGUGGUAUUGCAAGUAACAUCAUUGUCUAUUGGCUUUACUUUCAAUACUCAAUAACUGGACACAUUUUCUACAAACAGUUUAUAGACCUCAGCCUUAAGUGGCUGAAGUUGAAUUAUUAUGAUUUUUUUUUUAAAUAAUUGAUUUAGUUGCUUCAAAGCAAAUCCAUACAAUGUAUAUGUGGAACACUUUUUUGAAGCAGAUAUUUAUGUUGAAAGGAAUUACUGUAUUCAUUUGUAAUAAGAUGCUGUUUUUUUCCUUUUUAAUCCUUGCUUUAAAUGUACAUAAUGCUGGGGAAAGUCAGUCUCAGCUUUUUAUUUAACCAAAUUUCCUAAUGGAUCUAUAUGACUUCAAAGACUGUGAAUCCUAACAACUUCUAAUGCUAAGGUCAAAACGAUAUUUUAAAAGAAGGUGAUUGUUGUUGUUUUUUAUACUUUGAGUAGAUGUGAUCAAAUGUAAGUGAUGGAUGGUGAAGAAGCACUUCAACAAACGCUGAUCUGGGGUCUGUCUCAUAAAAGACCUCUGAUCGGAAUCUUGUACUUUAUCUGUCUUGAGUUUGUGCAAACGAAAGCCACCCAUCAAAAAGCAGUUUCUCUUGAAUCAUGUGACUGGAACCAAAAAGUAGGAAAUUACAUCAUUCUAAGCUGGUACAAUCAUUUUUGCUUUCUCGUGGAUGUGGUUGGUACAGUGUGUACAACAUUACUCUGACAGCUGUCAAGUGAUGUGCAUGAAAAUAAAAAUAUUUUUACAGAGGUGCAGAUGCCAAUGUUUGAGAUUUUUGGAUGUUCACCUGACCUUGGUGCAGGGUUGUCCAUCCCUGUGAGACACAUGCACAGACACUCUUUCUUCAUAAUAUUGUUGUAGCUGUAAAUGUUUGCAGUCUAAUCAGAAACUUACACUGUUCUUGUAUAAUGUCAAUUUUAAUAAAAAAGAAAAUACUGCCA